AUGGAAGUUGACAGCGCCGAAUCUGGCCCUCGUGUGACCAUCAGACAGACGGAACGAGACCAUGUGGACUUCAUUUUGCGUGGCGUGGAUCUUUCUGUGGCAAACUCAUUGCGGAGGACCAUGCUUUCGGAAGUUCCAACAUUGGCGAUAGAUUUGGUUGAAAUCGACGUCAAUACGUCGGUGUUGGCAGAUGAGUUGCUUUCACACCGUUUGGGUUUGAUACCUCUCAAUAGUGAAGGCAUAGAAAACUUGUCAUACUCGAGGGAUUGCACGUGUGAUCAGUACUGUCCCAACUGUUCCGUGAAGUUAGAGUUGACAGCCAAGUGUGACUCUGACAGCACCAUGAACGUGUAUUCGCUGGACUUGGCCAAGUUCCAUAAUGGUUCCAAGUUGGGAGACCCGGUGAUCCGUGAUCCAGCCCACAGGGGACCUUUGAUUUGCAAAUUGCGAAAACACCAAGAGCUUCGUCUCACAUGUAUCGCCAAGAAGGGUAUAGCCAAGGAACACGCCAAAUGGUCGCCAUGUGCGGCGAUCGGAUUCGAGUACGAUCCUUGGAACAAGUUGAAACACACGGACUUCUGGUAUGAAGACGACGCUGAGGCUGAAUGGCCUAAGUCGGCGAACUGCGAAUGGGAAGAAGCUCCAGACCCAGAAGCUCCAUUUGACUACAAUGCAAAGCCUGCAAACUUUUAUGUGGAUGUCGAAACGGUGGGUAGUUUGGCUCCUAACGAAGUUGUUGUGCGUGGAAUCGAAACCUUGCAAUUGAAACUUGCCGGUAUCGCUGUCGAGUUGAACAAAGACACAGUUGAAGCAAACGAUGCCGCUACAGGUGGAUUCACCACCUAUGGCCGUUCACCAGGUGGUAACAAUUCGCCGGAUAACGGAUACUCAUAUGGUGAAGGUUUUGGCAGUUCGGCGUGGUGA